AUUCACACUGUGCUUCUUGAACAUUUUCCUCCAGCUCCAGUCGAACUGAUCUGACAGUCGUCCAUCACCACCAGCCUCAGGCACCACCUUCUCUCGACCCAAUGGGUCCGCGACCGCCACGAUGCUCUACGACCUCAAUAUCCCGUACUCCGCUUCCACGUCAGAGGCCGCCCUGUCGUCGACGCUGACCCUCGCCUCCACCCUCGGCUACCACACCGUCGCGCUCAACCACAUCUACACGACCGUCCCCUCCACCAAGGUCGACUCACCCUUUGCCCAGCUCCCCUCGUUCGACGGCAAAGCGAUUCCCAACAUCCUCCACCGCGCUACCAUCCACUUCUCCGACGCCGCGACGCAGCACAUCCACCUCGCCAACCUCAUCAAGAUCUUUGACAUCAUCGCCGUCCGCCCCACGAGCGACGAGGCCUUCUCCAAGGCAUGCCUUAGCUUGGACGUGUCCAUAAUCUCGCUCGACCUGACCCAGCACCACCCCUUUUAUUUCCGCAUCAAGCCAUGCAUGAUGGCCGUCAACCGCGGCGUGCGGUUUGAGAUUGCGUAUGCCCAGGCGCUCCAGGCGGAUGCGCGCGGCCGGGCGCUCUUCAUCAGCAACGCGACGCAGCUCAUCCGCGCCACCCGCGGGCGGGGCAUCAUGCUGGCCAGCGAAGCACGGAGCGCGCUCAUGCUCCGAGCCCCGGCCGACGUCGUGAACCUACUCAGCGUGUGGGGUCUGGGCAGUGAGAAGGGCAUGGAAGGCCUGGGCAGCGUGCCGCGCAGCGUGGUUGUGAACGAGGCUAUGAAGAGGACUGGGUUCCGCGGCGUCGUCGACAUUGUCCAGGUCGCCGACAAGGGUCCCGAUGAGGUGCAACCAGCAGCAGCAGCAAAACAGGAACCGAAGCAGAAGAGGAAGGGCGACAAGGAGGCUGGCAAUGCGGACAAGAAGAAUAAGAAGAUGAAGGUUGUGUCAAGAGAGGCACCGAAAUGAAGAGCUUGACUGGUUCUGGUCGGCACGAUGACGAGGCAUCAUGAUGAUACCCCUAGACUUGGAAUGCGGCGUUAUGGCAGGGAAACUAUUGAGGUUGUGGGAAAAGGUACCGUCAAAACGAAAUGAUG